AGUUCCAGGAUUUCAGUCUGAUGUGUCCUUCAUAUAUUAUUUUGUUCCAGCUGCUGGAGGACAACAUUGUCACUUUUAUGAAAAAGGAGCUGAAGAAUAUCCAGAAAGUUUUGAGUCCAGAUGACUCAGACUGCUCAGAGAGUCAGAGAGAUGAUGAGGAGGUGUUGGAAGGUGAGGAAGAAGAGCAGAAUAGGAGCAGCAGAGAGGCACUGAUAAAGAUCAUUCUGAACUUCCUGAGAAGAAUGAAGCAGGAGGAGUUGGCUGACCGUCUGCAGAGCGAACAUCUUCCUACAGUUUUUCAACAUAAACUUAAAUCUGGUCUGAAGGAGAAGUUCCAGUGUGUGUUUGAGGGGAUCGCUAAAGCAGGAAGUCCAACCCUUCUGAACCAGAUCUACACAGAGCUCUACAUCACAGAGGGAGGGACUGGAGAGGUCAAUGAUGAACAUGAGGUCAGACAGAUUGAAACAGCAUCCAGGAAACCACACAGACCAGAAACAACCAUCAGACAAGAAGACAUCUUUAAAGUCCCACCUGGAAGAGAUCAACCAAUCAGAACAGUGAUGACAAAGGGAGUGGCUGGCAUUGGGAAAACAGUCUUAACCCAGAAGUUCACUCUGGACUGGGCUGAAGACAAAGCCCACCAGAACAUCCACUUCAUAUUUCCAUUCACCUUCAGAGAGCUGAAUGUGCUGAAAGAGAAAAAGUUCAGCUUGGUGGACCUUGUUCAUCACUUCUUUACUGAAACCAAAGAAAUCUGCAGCUUUGAACACUUCCAGGUUCUGUUCAUCUUUGAUGGUCUGGAUGAGAGUCGACUUCCUCUGGACUUCCAGAACCAGGAGAUCCUGACUGAUGCUACAGAGUCCACCUCAGUGGAUAUUCUGCUGACAAACCUCAUCAGGGGGAAACUGCUUCCCUCCGCUCGCCUCUGGAUAACCACACGACCUGCAGCAGCCAAUCAGAUCCCUCCUGAGUGUGUUGGCAUGGUGACAGAGGUCAGAGGGUUCACUGACCCACAGAAAGAGGAGUACUUCAGGAAGAGAUUCAGAGACGAAGAGCAGGCCAGGAGGAUCAUCUCUCACAUGAAGACAUCAAGAAGCCUCCACAUCAUGUGCCACAUCCCAGUCUUCUGCUGGAUCACUGCUACGGUUCUGGAGGACGUGUUGGAGACCAGAGAGGGAGGAGAGCUGCCCAGCACCCUAACUGAGAUGUACAUCCACUUCCUGGUGGUUCAAACCAAAGUGAAGAGGGUCAAGUAUGAUGGACGAGCUGAAACAGAUCCCCACUGGAGUCCAGAGAGCAGGAAGAUGAUUGAGUCUCUGGGAAAACUGUCUUUUUAUCAGCUGCAGAAAGGAAACCUGAUCUUCUAUGAAUCAGACCUGACAGAGUGUGGCAUCGAUAUCAGAGCAGCCUCAGUGUACUCAGGAGUGUUCACACAGAUCUUUAGAGAGGAGAGAGGUCUAUACCAGGAAAAGGUGUUCUGCUUUGUCCAUUUGAGUGUUCAGGAGUUUCUGGCUGCUCUUCAUGUUCAUCUGACCUUCAUCACCUCUGGUGUCAACCUGAUGGAAGAGACACAAACAUCUAAGGAGUUUUCAGUUUCUAAGGACCCUGAACCAAAGUCUUUUCAUCAGACAGCUGUUGAUCAGGCCUUACAGAGUCCAAAUGGACACUUGGACUUGUUCCUCCGGUUCCUCCUGGGACUUUCACUGCAGACCAAUCAGAGACUCCUACAAGGUCUGCUGACACAGACAGGAAGUAGCUCACAGAUCAACCAGGAAACAGUUCAGUACAUCAAGAAGAAGAUCAGUGAGAAUGUGUCUGCGGAAAAAAGCAUCAAUCUGUUCCACUGUCUGAAUGAACUGAAUGAUCGUUCUCUAGUGGAGAAGAUCCAACAGUCUCUGAGUUCAGGAAGUCUCUCCACAGAUAAACUGUCUCCUGCUCAGUGGUCAGCUCUGGGUUUCAUCUUAGUGUCAUCCGCAGAAGAUCUGGAUGUGUUUGACCUGAAGGAAUACUCUGCUUCAGAGGAGGUUCUUCUGAGGCUGCUGCCAGUGGUUAAAGCCUCCAACAAAGCUCUACUGAGUGGCUGUAACCUCUCAGAGAGAAGCUGUGAAGCUCUGUCCUCAGUUCUCAGCUCCCAGUCCUCCAGUCUCAGAGAACUGGACCUGAGUAACAACGACCUGCAGGAUUCAGGAGUGAAGCUUCUCUCUGCUGGACUGGAGAGUCCAAACUGCAAACUGGAAACUCUUAGCUCUUCAGGCUGUCUGGUCUCAGAGGAAGGCUGUGCUUCUCUGUUUUCGGCUCUCAGGUCCAACCCCACCCAUCUGAAAGAGUUGGACCUGAGCUACAAUCAUCCAGGAGAACCAGGAGUGAAGCUGCUGUCAGCUGGACUGAAGAAUCCACACUGGAGACUGGAAUCUCUCAGGGUGGAGCCUGCUGGAGUCGGAUGGUUGACACCAGGUCUGAGGAAGUAUUCCUGUCAACUCAAAACCGACACAAACACAGUGAGCAGAAAACUCAAACUGUCUGAAGACAACAGGAAGGUGACAUAUGUGGAGGAGCUUCAGUCAUAUCCUGAUCAUCCAGAAAGAUUUGAUGUUCCUCAACUGUUGUAUAAAGAUGGUCUGACUGGUCGCUGUUACUGGGAGGUCGAGUGGAGAGGGAACGUUGAGAUAUCAGUGAGUUACAGAAGAAUCAGGAGGAUAGGAAACAGUGAAGACUGUGGGUUUGGAGGGAAUGAUCAGUCCUGGAGGCUGAGCUGCUCUGAUCGUGGUUACUCUGUCUGUCACAAUAACAGAGAAACAUCUAUUUCCUCCUGCUUCGUCUCCAACAGAGUAGCAGUGUAUGUGGACUGUCCUGCUGGUAUUCUGUCCUUCUACAGAGUCUCCUCAGACUCACUGAUCCACCUCCACACCUUCAAAACCACAUUCACUGAACCUCUGCAUCCUGGCUUUGGGUUUUGGUGGUCAAAAUGUGGUUCCUCUGUGUUUUUGCACUGAGUUAAGUCCAAAGAGUCUCCUCAUCUCAUAGAAAGCCUCUCCCUGUUGAACCGAUAGUUCAGUCUGUUCAUGUCUGUCUCUUUCUCUUAGAAACACGUUUUCACAUUCAUGGUUUC